CACUACAGCUAGCGUAUGGAUGCACCAGCAGAUUGGCUGGAAUGUUGGUACGCUUGGACAUCUAGCUGUAACUUAGCUGCGCUGAGGAGUGAAGGAAGUGAUACCUCUAUUGCCUGCCCUGACGCCACUGUUGCCAGCGAUCGAAGAAGAACCUGGCUGAUCUUCUUGAUCUGCAUCUGUUCAUCAUCAAAAUUUGCCAUUUUUCGGAAAGGUGAGUUAUUGGUUGGAGUUGGCAAGAUGGUAGCAUCCAAAAGGUUAUACACCAGGGCAGUUUUCACGGGUUACAGGAGAGGACUCCGCAACCAGCAUGAAAACCAAGCUCUUCUCAAGCUAGAGGGAGUAGAAUCCAGAAGGGAAGCCACCUGGUACCUUGGCAAGAAGUGUGCCUACGUCUACAAGUGCAAGAACAAGACGAAGUGUCCCGGCAAGGACAAGCCAACCAACACCCGUGUGAUCUGGGGUAAGAUCAUCAAGACACACGGUAAGAGUGGCGGCUGCAGGGCCAAGUUCAAGAGCAACCUUCCCGGCCAGGCUAUCGGCAAGAGGAUCAGGGUGAUGCUGUACCCAUCUCAGAUCUAAGUCAACCAUCGUCAAUGUAUUGUAAUAUCUGUGCAUCAUCAUGUAAUAAAGAACUUAUGUGCUGAUGAAA